CACAUUGACCUUAUAUGUUCGCCAGCAGAUGGCACUACAUGCUUGUUGGUUUACAAAUGGCGACAGUUCCUUAGCUGCAUGUCAACAAGAAGUGACCAAUGGUGAUAUAUGUACAGUAGGCAGAUUUUUCACUGCAAUCAGCACGGGUCAGCAUGCAGCACCAAGUGAAAGAGCUUCCUGCCAUUCGUGGAGCUAGGAGUCCUGAUACCAGGAUCCAGUAUCGAGAAACAGAUGCCAGGAGUCCACAUUACAGAGACCAACCACAGUACGGUGGUUACGAUUUAGUGGAUAAUAGAUCUGCAUCCCGCGUGGAACACUUAGAGGAAAGACUGGCCCAUCAGGAAAGAACAACACAGGCAUUGCUUGAAAAAGCUGUGCGUAUUAAGGAAGACAUUCUUGACAAUACCAGUUACACUCAUGGAACAUGGCAAAAUGAAAAAAGAGCCAGAGAGCUGCUGCAGGAUCAUAUCAGGACCAUUACUGAUGUUGUCAAGAAACUGGAUUGGGAUAUCAAGAUUGUAGAGGACCAGCUUCGUAUGAAAGACUCUUCAACAUCUCAAGCAUCAGCAGCCGUUAAGAACCUAGAGGUGCAUCAUGUGGCAGGGUUGACAGACCUACGAGGGCGAGUAGCAAGAUGUGAUGCAUCUAUAGCAAAGCUAGCAUCAGACAGUAAAGCUUGCUUUGAGUCCAUUAAGAGUUUGAAUACUGAGCAUCAAAACUUGAACACUAAACUGAUGGAGAAGUUACAGGAUAUUGAAAAUAAGAUGGCUGAAAUAAAUAACAGACUGGAUAAGGUCAAUAUAGAACACACCCUGAAGAUAAAACACAUGGAAGGGGAUUCCAGUCAACAGCUCAGCCACCUUGACACCAAGACUCGGGCUUUGUUUGAGGAGCUGAGACAUACGCUUACUGCCAGCAAGGCAGUAGAGGAGGCCGAGAGGGAGAAGAUGGAAUCCAGGUUGUUCACUCACUUAGACAGAUCAUCAACUUCAAGAGAUGGAAGGCUGGAUAAAAUGGAGAAAAAGGUAGAUGAGUGGUUUCAUGUGGUAGAAAAAAAGUUGCAGAAGAUGGAAGAUGAGAUGAUCAGGGACAGAGAACGGACAAUAAAAACAGAACAGGCUUUUGAAAGCAGAUUCAGUCAGCAUGUGGAUGUAUCUAUAAGGAAACAAAAUGAAGAAAUAUCAAAAGUGAAGAAAGAGUGCAGAGAAGCAUUUGCUACUCUUCAUGAAAGCAUUGUGAGCAUGAAGUCUGUACAAGAUGGAAAAAGAAAACUUUUAGAGGAACAGAUUAGAAAGGAAAUAGGACAAAUAAGAAAAAUGGUGGUCUUGUUAUAGUGCCAUCUCUCUGUAAUUAAUACUUUUUAUGUUUUUUAAUCUCGCAUAUUUUAUGUAUUCUUUACUUACAUUAUCAAAUAUAUAAAUACUUCAGCAACGCCAAUAUUUUAUAUGUUGUAACUUGUAGUUCAAAAACACAAGUUCACUUCCAUGGAUUUUUCGUAAAUAUUGCAUUUUUGAGACUUUCAUUAUUUCAUUUGUUUGAGUGUUCCAUUGUGCCAAGUCUUCCUGGUAGGGAGCAUUGCGUUUAAUAUAUAUAUAUAUAUAUAUAUAUAUAUAAACUGGCUUCCAUAUCUCUUGCUUCCUUGCAAAAGUUAUCACUUAAAAAGAUAUAUUAUAAAUUCUAAGGUAGAUUUCAGUGAGAAAAGAAUAUUUGAAUUCAUCUGCUUUAAGUUUUAUAAAGUACAAUCUGUGAAAACACUUGAAAAAAAACCCAAAUACACUUAUUCCUGAUUACUAUGUAGGUUAAUACAGCAGGUAUAUGCAACGUCUUCCAAGUCAUUAAAGGCAACAAGAUGCAAAUUUUUGUGACAGUUUUGUGAUCGACAGCAGUGUAUUCAAAUAUGCCAUAUUUUUACAACAUAUAAGCUUCAUUACUUGUUAUAGAAUUACCAAAAGCUGCAAUUCCAUCUGGAGUGAAUACCCUAAUUGUUGUGUGAAACAAAUAAUAUGGAAAGGCUUUUCUGGAAACUCUUUUUUUUUUUAAUGAAUGAAGCAGGCAGAGUUGCUUUUAAGAAUAAAACGAAAAGUAUUGAAAACACAACCUGUACAUGCUUAAAUGAAGAAUUUUGUGUAAAUAUU